CCCCACCCUCUGCCCCACCCUGUGCCUCUCACUCUGCAUAGAACAAAGCUGCAGGGAACAUCCAGACAUUCAGGAGAAAGGACUAGAACAGACUUCCAGACAUCUGUACCCUUAGUGGUUCCUUCUUGUAGAAUCUUUUCCUCGUGUCUAUACCAAGUGACAGCAGGGACGAAAUGUCAGGGUUGAACCAAGAAACUGACCCACCUACCACUGAGCUGCUCAGUAAAGUCAAAGAGACUGGAUUGGAUCCUGAGCACUGGCUCCCUGUUCUAGAUAAACUGUUGGGCAUUAAGAAUAUCCACUCGUUACAAUACAUUCAGGCCGAGGACUGCUCAGUGCUAGAGGAUGAGAUUCGUUAUCCCUGGGAGAGAAGAGCCUUAGGGAAACUAUUCAAUAUACCAGAGAGAAGCGUAAGCGCCACCCAACUACAGGGGGAGCAAAACCAAUCACUGCAAGAGAAAACUGAGCAAGCGCCCGAGGUACUGACCCAGUUAAAUGAACCGAGAACUGAUGGGAAAAGUCAAUGUGAUGAACCUGUCAACCAAAGAGAAGAAGAAAAUAAGAAAGUGCUGAAGAUGCCUACUGAAUGCUCAGUGCCACCUGGAGAGGCCAUUCUGGCUGUGACAGAUCACAUAACAAAGAAAAAAGAGAAUUUAGAAGAUGAAGAGUUGAUUAAAUGUGCCUCUGGGGGGCUGGCGCUUGAGGGGAUUUUCCAAACAAAAGACAUAGACAAUCUCUUUAAGAAACGUGAAGCACUUCUCUGUGUUCCAGAAGGUUUCAGGCUUGUUAGUCCAGAAAAAACAUCACUUUUUCUGCAAAAAGAAUUCACGUGCCAUGAAGAGGAGUUGGUUUUCCAGAGAAUAGUUGAAAAAGUUGGGUUAAGUUUAAGUGGUUCCAUUACUGCUGUUUUUUUAGGAUUUGGUCCUCGUGACAGCAAAUCUUCAGAAUCAGAUACAAUAGGCAAGCAACCAAGUGAGCACGUGUACGUUUGUACAACCAGAUACAACUUCAUCCCAUUGGCUUCCUGUCACUUUACCGAGGAUCAGCUGAGACUUUCCAAGGCCGCACUAAAUGCACUAAAAUUCAUUGAAAACUUAAUUACCAAUAAUUCAAAAGGGCAAACGUUAGCAACAAAAUGUGCAGAAUUCUUCCAGAGCUUUGGCUCCCAUGUCAACCUUGGCCCUCUACACUUCGGUGGGAUAUUGUGGUGGAAAGCGUCCAUGGAAGGUGGAGAAGUUGGUGACCUCAGAAAUGCAAAGGAAAUGAUAUCGGAAGCUCUAAACUUUUAUGCAAGUGUUGGAUAUGAUGGAAGUGGGCGAGACAUUGAUCUGUCGGCUAUUGAUUCACAGAGUUCCAUGGACCUCUCCAAAAUAUCAACAUUUAAGGAAUAUAUUCAGGUUUCUGUUACUAAAACCGGGGGUCCGCCAGAAGCUGAUUCGCUCUCCCAAUGGAAAACUGGUCUUGUAACCAGUAAGGAAACCUGGAGCAUCAUAGAUCGAGGGUUUCAGCUGAUGCCAAUAUGGAAGAUCAUUGUGGACAAUCAUAAGGAUGAAUUCCCACAUGGUUUAAAGCUUGCCUCCUGCUUGGCUGAGCAUUACAAGUUAGAGACUGGCCUCACCUCAGAUAUGAUGGUUGGAGAAUAUCUAGCUUCUGUUUUGGAAAAAGUCAAUCAGUUUUUGCAAGACGUAAAGUCCUGGAAUGGUGAUGAGGCCACACAGCACUUACAAGCUCUGCUGGAGUUUAGACAGACACUCAAUGAAGCCACAAGGAGUUCCAGCGAUUGGGUGACUUUGUGUUUAUCAGAUAAAGGUUUACAAGACUUUUUAGUGAAGGUUGUUACAAAUUAUAAAGACAGUUCUGCUGAAGAAACUUCUAUGAUCAAAGCUUCUUUACAAGAGCUUAUUGAGCCUCUCAUUUAUUCAGCUGAAAACUUCAUCAGUUUUGCACUUAUUUUGAGAUGGAUUUAUGGUUUGGAGAAGAAUGAACUUGAUCCCAUUUUUGUUUCUGAUUUUAACCAACUCUGUGAUGUUUUACACCAGUCAAUGGAAGAUUUUCAACAGCAUAAUGUCAAGUUAGAGACAUCCACAGAAGAUGAACACAAAGCAAAGGUUAAGGCUACAGUUAUCAUUGGCCUCUCAUUGUCUUCCUAUCUGAGGAGCCUGAGGGAGAUGAAACAAAGUGACACUGAGUUACUGAUUCUCUGCAUUGCAAACAACUCUGGGUAUUCUACUGACAAUUACCACUUCCAAAGUCUUCUGGGAUAUAGAGACAUUGACUUUCUGAAAAAUCAGUUACAAGAAGCUUAUAAAGAGUUCACAAACCUUAGGGGUCAGUCUGUCCACCAAGCUCAGGCAUUUGUCAUUUACACAGGUCUGGCAUCUACUGGUGCUACUGGUGAAUCCAGAGAAAUAUCAUUGGAACAAAAAAGAGAAUGUCUAAAUUUAAUGAAAAGACACUUGUCUGACAGUCUCUCAUCUGAUGUAGAUGCAAUAAUUACACAAUAUUCAGGAUAUCAGGACUGGAGUGAGAUGGAAAGUCAACUAAAAUCAUUUAUCCAUGGAAGUGUAACGUCCCAAGCUAAAGAACUAAAAAGAGAUGAAGUUGCCAAGGAACCGAAUGAUAAAUGCCACAAAGAAGCUCAUGUAGAAACCAACUCCAAUAAAAUGAACAUCUCCUCAUUGUUGAAGCGACUGGACCUGGAAAAGUAUUACCCACAGAAAAUGCAGAUCUCUGAUUUCCAUAAGAUCUGUCGAUAUUCUCUGAUUGAAACGGAGAGUUUGGAAGAGAAACAACUUCCAUUUUAUUUCUUGCAGAAACUUCUCAUGUUGGACUAUAGCGCGAGAUACGUGCAAUGUAAAAACAGUAGAAAUUCUACUGAGCCGAACUCCAUGACUAUUGAUGAGAAGUUUAACAUGGACACAUCUGAGGAUUCUUAUGAACAGUUCUUUGAUGAUUUUAAUGAUGCAGAAGAGACAAAUUCCACUAGUGACCCAACGAUCCACCCUAUGGAUGUCCAAAUGGCAGUUCUUCAUUGUGCCAAUGAUUUUAUGAGACAAUAUAUCUUUACCAAAUUAUCAUUUUGCCAGUUUGCUCUUCCUCUUUUGGUGCCAAAUCCCAAUACAAAUUCUAUUGAGUUCCCACUUUGGUCUUUCCAGGAAGUUAAAAAGAAAUGGAAAACUAAAAUUAACAAUAACACUGAGACUGGUAAAUCUGAAGACACAUUUAUUAAAGAAACAGAAACUCAUUUUGUGUCCUUCAUUCGUCUUGGCCAAUCCGCUUCAUCUAAAUCCCAGAUACUGAACUGGCUGAUGAGUAAGCAGAGACACAACAUUUUCUAUCACCGGCACUGCCCAGGGGCCACCAAGAACCCUCUACUGAUGGAUGGCAUAGCAGAGAUUGCCUGGUACUGCCCAGGUGGCAAGAAGGAUGAUGUGUUUGAUGACUGUAUUGCAUUUACUAAUCUCCAUGGCGAUGCCAGAGAAUAUGAUCAACAAGUGAGAUUUUUGGAACAAGUUUCAUCGGUCAUUGUAGUUCUAUUUACUGAUGAGAAUACAAAGGAGAAGAGAGGGAAGGAACUGCUGCAACGUUUACUCAAAUCCCCGAAGCCACUAAUCUGUCUCCUUGCAGACAAAGAGCAGAGUCAGCGGGCAACUGGCUCAAAGGUGAAAAUAGGUCUUAGAAAUAGGAAUGAGGCAGAACUGUUAGAAGAAAUAAGAGCAGCGAUACGAUCAGUAUUAACCAAGGCACAAGUAAAGGUCUCGCUUAAUAAUUGUGCUGAGAUUGCCAGAACUUGUGGGUUUCUAGUUGAUGAGGACAGAGGAGAGAUCCAGCAGGGGAAACAACAAGCUCAGGUCCUACUGUCACUAUUAGGAGAAAAAGAAGUGUCAGAUAUAAAGAAGGAGUUUCUUCCCUUACAGGGAGACCUCUGGUACGAGUGGUGCGUGAAAGACAAAGAAAUGACUCGACUUAAGGAACAAAGUAAUGAGAGUAUUGAGCAACAGCGGAGCACGAUCGAGCAUCGGAAACGAAUGAUAAGAAAUGAACAAUUAGAAAAAGCUUUUCCUCUCAAUGACUUCAUGAGAUCUUUCCUAGAGAUUCUACAGUCUGAUGUUCAAGGGCCAAAAUUGCAUUUCCUUCAGUGGUUUAAGAUGUAUCUGGAUAAUUUAUCCUUACAAACUCUCUCAGUUCUCUAUCAGGAAUAUCAUAAUGUGUGGUCAAAGGUAAAGGAGGAAAAGCAACAAGGGAAAAACCUCCAAACUAUAGAAAAAAUGGAGAAUGAUUUAGAAAAACUAUCAGGGCAAAUCAUUAUUUCAACAUUUGGGCUUGAGCACAUUCUGAGGGAACUGGGGCAAAUCUAUGAAGCGUUGGACACUGCCAAUAAAAAGGAUAACAUUUAUUUCAUUUUGCCAAAAAUUGCUGCAAAUCUGAUGGUUUCAGGAUACCCGGUGGAGCUGAUGGAUGGUGACGCCGCACAUGUGCUACUGAGGUGGGUUGGGGCUGUUAUGGAGGAACUGAUAGAAAUAUUAGGAGAUAAAAGGCUGUAUGUUCUGUCAGUACUCGGGAUACAAAGCACGGGAAAAUCCACUCUGCUCAACGCAAUGUUUGGGCUGCAGUUUGCAGUGAGUGCCGGGAGGUGCACCCGGGGGGCAUUUAUGCAGCUGAUAAAGGUUGAUGAGGAACUGACACGUGAGAUGAACUUCGAUUAUGUGCUUGUUGUAGACACCGAGGGACUGAGAGCCCUUGAACUGUCAAAGAAAACCUCAACGAAUCAUGAUAACGAACUGGCUACAUUUGUCAUUGGCUUGGGGAACCUUACCCUAAUCAAUAUAUUUGGGGAGAACCCUUCUGAGAUGCAGGAUAUCCUACAGAUUGCUGUGCAGGCAUUUCUGAGAAUGAAGAAAGUCAACCUGAGGCCCAGCUGUAUAUUUGUCCAUCAAAAUGUAGGAGAAAUCACAGCUGAAGAGAAGAACAUGGAGGGACGGAGGCGACUUCAGGGGAAACUGGAUGAAAUGGCACAGUGUGCUGCGCAGCAAGAGCAAUGUGAUGUCACCUGCUUCAAUGAUGUCAUCAAAUUUGAUGUAAACACCCACAUUCACUACUUUGCCCACCUGUGGGAAGGUGACCCACCCAUGGCUCCUCCCAAUCCAAGUUACAGCCAAAAUGUGCAAAAACUGAAACAGGUCAUUCUUGGCUCUGGGAAACUGGAGAAGCAACAAAAUAUAUUGAGCAUUUCCCAGUUUAAAACACGUGUGGAAGAUCUGUGGAACGCGUUGCUUAAUGAGAACUUUGUGUUCAGCUUCAGGAACUCUCUGGAGAUCGCAGCGUAUAACAAGCUGGAAGUGAAAUACCGGCAGUGGAGCUGGACCUUAAGGGAACACAUGCUGACACUUCAGACCCAAAUCAAUAACCAAAUUAGCAACGACCAAAUGAAUUCAGUGGAUGUAAUGUCCCUGACGAAGGAGUUUGAGCCAGAACGCAGAUCAGUUCUGAAGGACUGCAAGGAAUUUUUUGAUGAUGAAAAAGACAAAGAGAUAUUAGUCCAAUGGAGAGUUAGUAUAGAGCGCAGACUGACCACUGUCCUAGAGGAUCUUGUAGACGAUAUCAGGAAGAAAGCAGAUGAACUAAUAAGGGCAAAGCAAAACAAUGAGAAAGUGCAUGAAAUGAAAGAGAAAUACGUUGAUGAAAUGUUAGAGAAAAGCAGAGAUAUGGCCCUCACCCUGAAGGGACAAAACAUAACUGAAAUACAAUUGGAGGGAAAAUUCAAUGAAAUGUGGGAUUCUCUGAUUCGUAGGGUCACUGGGGAAAUCCAACCUCCAAAACCACCAGAAAUCGACCAAGAUUUACAAAAUGUUUUUCGGGAUCGCUUCAGAGGAGAAGCCAAUCUAAUUGAUACAAUCAGUGACUCCUGGCGAUGGACAAACCUUUCUGAGGAGUUCUCUACAUAUAUUUCAAAUCAACCCAAGUAUGAACUUUGGAAGAUAAAAUUAGUUUCUGAAAAGCUUUCAAACGAUAGAAAGAGAGAGAUAGAAGACACAACCCAAGCUCUGAGCAGGAGAGUAGAUGACUACAUUGAUAGGAAGCAGUCGGAGAAGGUGGAUUAUCAGAGAGUUUAUUUCCAUGAAAUUCUCACCAUCCUCCAGUCAGAAAUAGGCAACAUGUUGGGCAGGGAGUUCAAGUUCCUACAUGAAUACACACUGUUUGUCUCACUGUUCUUGUGCCGUCGGGCCGCUCACAGAUUUGAUAAAAUGUCUGUCGCUUUUAGAGAAGCCAAUGACCCUCAAGUCUAUCUAUGGAGGAAGAGGAAUGAACUGUGGAAGAGUUUUCAAAUUUCCUGUGAGGGAAUGAAACAAACGGCCUCUCUGGUUGAUUUCCUAUGUAACAAACUGAGAGACUCCAUCCAACAAGCAGUGACCAAUAAGACUGCAAUACAAUUAGCUGGGGAUCUGCAAGGUGACCACCCUGCUCUGAAUGGAAACAGGUCCAAACUAGAGUUCUGUCUCCUCAAAUCACUGGCAGAGAAAGAGAACUUUUCUCAUUAUAUUAAUUAUAUCACAGAUCCAAAAUCGGCAGUCAGUGACUUCAUUAAGGAUUGUGUUGAUCAGCAUUGUGAUGCCAAGGCCAAGGCCAAGGUAACGGGCAGUCUCAGUACUAAUGUGGAUCACUUCCGGAACAUUAUACUAAAAGCUAUAGAUACAUCAACUGGAACAGUCACAGAGAAAGGUGGAGAUAUUAUCAGCUCAUGGCUGGACACUUUCUGCUCAGAGCUCGGGAGUGACAUGAAAUUGUCUAUUGGGGACCUCAAAAGUGUCAAGUACCAGGGGAUCACCGAUGUGGGCUUUCUGAAGGAAGCCAUGAUAAAGGCUCUGGAUACUGGGGUGGAAGACCUUCAACGUGACUUUUCUACAUCUGAUCUGAUGGAACUAAAGAAGAAGACACAUGAGAUACUAAUGGGCCAAUUCUCCGGGUGCUGGACACAGUGUCCAUUUUGUAGGGCUGUUUGUACCAAUACUAUCCCUGACCAUGACGGAGAUCACAGUGUUAAGUUCCAUCGGCCUCGUGCAAUUAGAGGUGGAAGCUGGCACAAAACAGAUGAGUUUUCGGUAGAGAUUUGCUCCAGCCUUGUAGCCAGUGAUAUUCUGUAUGUGCUCAGUGAGGACAAAGAGAUUCCAUACAAAACCUACAGAGAUGGCGGGCCUCCAUACAGUACCUGGUCCAUUACACCAGACAACUCCUCAUUAUCUUACUGGAAAUGGGUCACGUGCCGCUUUAAGUCUGAUUUGAAAAAAUAUUAUGAGUUAAAAUUUGCAGGAAGGGGAAAAAUCCCACAACAUUGGCACAGUAUCACCAAACAGGAGGCCAUUCUGGAGAUAGAAAAUCUAAUGUAAAGAUCUAACAUAUAAUUUAGCCAUUGUACAGGAAUGGGAUCCAUUAUCCGGAAACCUUUUAUCCAGAAAGCUCCGCCUUACAGGCAUCUCCCAUAGACU